CAUGCCGCGCCGCAUAUGGUCAAACCAAAACUGCAAUAUGAAUCGACGAGAAGCACUCUACUCUCAACAAAUGCUCUUUUUACAAACCGAUUUCCGUAGUAAAAACCCGUGGAAUAUACAAAAUCUACUUAUAUCCUGAGAUUAGGCUAUUCAAGGUACAAACUAGGCUGUAUUAGGUGCAAGAUGCCGCGUCGGAAAGUGAGGAAAAAGGGAGCGGCCCGAGGUGGAGACAGUAGUGAGGGAGAUACAGAGGAAACAGGCAGCAUCGUCAGCAGUCAUCUGUCCGAGCCAGAUAGCAUCUUAGAGGAAGAGCCCCAGCAGGGUGACAAUGUGGAUGAGACAGAUGCGCAAGACGUGCUUGAAGAGAAGAUAAAAGAACUCAUCGAUGGAACAACACAGAAGAGUGCAAAUGGACGCAAGGACUGCCUUGAAGGUCUCAAGAAGGCCCUGGCUCGUAAAGUCUUGACAGACUUCAUCGAGAAUCGGAAAGUCACCAUCUCAGACUGUGUGGAACGCUGCAUCAAGAAAGGAAAGAGCGAUGAGCAAGCGCUGGCUGCCAGCGUUGGUACUCUGCUCUUGAUCCAGCUGGGCGCCGGGGAUGACAGUGAAGGCAUCUUCAAUGACCUCCGACAUCUGCUGAAGACCACGCUGUUGGACAAGACGGCGGCCCCAAAAGGCCGAGCUAGUUGUGCCUUAUUUCUGGGUCUGGGUUGCUUCCUAGCUGCUGAAGACUAUGAGACUGUGAUGGAGUGCAUGACGGCCCUGGAGCACGUGUUCAGCUUGUCGUAUCUGAAGGGUGACGGCACAGCGCCCUCACACACCCCAGCCAUCGCAGCCCUCCACUGUGCGGCCUUGUCUGCGUGGACGCUACUGCUGUCCAUUGCACCGCCCUCUCGUGUUCCGCAACUUGUAGAUAGUCAUUUAGGUAAGCUUCCCAGUCUACUACACAGCGAUGACGUCAGUCUGAGAAUAGAGGCCGGGGAAUCUAUCGCCAUGUUCCAUGAGCUAGCCAGAGAGCAGAAUGAAGAUUUUGAUAUGGAGAACGUGGAGGAGUUGGUAGUCACCCUCCGAGGCCUGGCCACCGACAGCAACAAAUACCGGGCCAAGAAAGACAGAAGACAACAACGCUCCAGCUUCAGAGACAUCAUCAGAACCAUACAGGAGAACGAGAUCCCGCACGAGAUCAUCAAGUUCGGGCCCGAGAUCCUGGAGCUGGACGGCUGGGUCAAGAAGCGUCAGUACGUGGCCUUCCGUGAGGUGCUUGGGUCUGGUACCAACAUCCACCUGCAGGAGAACGUGCUACUCAGAGACAUCUUCGGCCUGGGAGCUCCUAUCAUCAUGUCUGGGCCUGGCGCUCCCAAGAAAGCCAACCGUUUUGAGAGGCAUCACUACAAUUCCCAAGCCUUCAAAGCCAGAACCAAAGUCCGAAGCAAACAGCGGGACAAGAGAACUGCGGUGCUAUAACCCCAAACUACUAAAAGUAGAUGAAUUUUAGGUUUAAAGAAAAAUAACGGUACUGCCCUCACCAUUGUCUAGCUCAUAGUCGGUAUGGCAUUGUAUAUUUUCAGGUAGUAGGAAUGUGUAAAUGAAAGUUAAGAUAAUUAUUUUUUUUUGUUAUUCAGAUUUUGCCCUUUUGGAAUAAAAUAUUUAAGGAUUUAAAAAAAAUAUAUAUUUGCUUGGAAAUUAAUUUGAAUUUGAAUUUAUGAAUUAGAUUUUGUUCUCUUCGGUUAAGCUGCUUGUGAAGGUAUCUGACAUUUGGAAGAUCAUCUCAAGUUGAAGUGUAAAUUGUUUGAUAGAAUACCCUAAGUAAAAACCUUAAAAAUUCAACCAAAAUCUAAGUAAAAAGCUUAUAUUUUUGCCCAUGUGUACACAUUCAUUUGGCACUAAAAAA